GCCGAGCUCCGGAAGGCGGAUGUUGUCGUUCACUUUGUGUCUCCGGCUGAAGAUGGCCGCGGUGUUGGGCGAGAAGGCGGCGCUGAACUCGCUGCCCGAGAACGUGCUGGUGGAGAUCCUGUCCUACCUCUCCACCCGGGACCUGCUGCGCAUCAGCGGAGUCUGCAAGAGGUGGAGAAGAUUAGCUUAUGACAAAGGUCUCUGGAAAGAUGUCAAUUUAACCCCAUACAAGGUGAACUCGCGGAUUCUCUGGCACCUGGUCAGACAUUACCUGGGUGGGACUCUGCGAACCCUGAGAGUGAAGGGCGUCCUCCAUUCGGUCAAGAAGCACGAGUCGCUGACAGAAGCCUUGCUGUUGGAGAUUGGGAAACGCUGCCCGAACCUGUCUGAGCUGCGGCUCAUUGAGAUGAACCUGCGGGGCAUCAACUAUGAAUGCCUGCCACCUUCCUUGCUCAGCCUGGAGCUGACACACUGCGAGAUUCCCCUGCACUGGUUCAGAGCGGCGGCAGCCACAGCCAACGGGACCCGCAUGCCUCCCCAAAUCAAGAACCUGGAGGUGGACAAUGUCCCCAACUUCUCAGACCAGCACUUGCAGAACGUGGCGUCGCGGACGGCGCUGAAGGUGCUGAUCCUGUCGGGCACGUACCGGGUCACCGACUCCGGCAUCGAGAAGUCCGCCCAGUGUCUGUCCGAGGUGGUUCACCUGAAGCUCCACGGCUGCAACAUCUCAGACGAGUCGCUGCGCCAUAUCUCCCAGCACCUGACGCAGCUCCGCACUUUGGACCUCACGAACUUCUGCUCCAUGACGGACGCGGGCCUGGCCUGUCUCGGCGACCUGCGCUCGCUCCAGGCCCUCUGCUUCGAGUACUGCGACCAGAUUACGGUGGAGAAGCUCCUGGCCGUGUGCACCGGGCUGCCGUCCCUGGCCAAGCUCAACCUGAACGGGAACCCCUACUCCGAUGGAGACCUGCAGAAAAUCCGGCAGAGCUUGCCCAACUGCACCGUCACCAACGAUUUCCCUGCCAUGGACUCCAUGCUCAAGUUUUAAACCAUUGGGUUGUUCUCACCCUGGUGGUGCUCUGCCUUUUGGCCAGGAGAAUUAGGAGCUGGCCGACUGCACCAAGUAACCCGGGCUCUUAGUUCCCCGAGGCUUGCAUGGAUUAUUGUGCAGUUGGUCAAGUCCCCAACAGCGUUGUGUUUGAAUUGACGAGCUGGCUGCCGCAGCCCACGUCUUCUCGUACAGUGAACACCUCGUGGUAUCUGUGGCAUGGCGGAGAGCGAGCACCCUGCUGUUCAAAAGCGAACGGGGUGAGGGGCCUGUUUGGAGUAUGUUGAGAUGAGCCAGGCGCGGACUGCCGAAUGGGAAGCAAUGUUUCGUUGCUGGCCUCAGGCAGACGGCAUCCAACGUUUAGUGAUGCUCUGUCUUUGGAUUGUGUGCCAUUUAUUUUUGCGUUGGUAGGACUGUGGAAAUAUGUACAGAGAUGCAAGGAGGGAAUGCAUUGAGGUGCAAAUUGUCUGGAAAUACACAGCAAGUGCACAAACCUUCGACUGCUGUGCUGGGUAGUGGAGUGUGGCUAACCAACUGGUUUGCUGGAUGCUGACAGCUUACGAAGAAUAUUUAACUCGUUCAGUAACGUCACACUGUUCGGCUAGGGUAAUUUUAUUUCGGAGCUUUGUUUUGAAAAUAAAGUUUAUAAUUUGUAACAA